GAUGCCUCUAUCCAAGCAUGGGCUGGUUCUCUGGCUUGCACCGCUGGUUCUGAGCUUCCAUUCGGCCAACACCGCGCUGGGCUCUCUCUUAACUUUCUACGUCCCGCAGUCUGAGCUGGGUACCGUGAUCGGACUUAGUGUUGCCACGAUGCCGCUGAGCAGCAUCCUCGGGGUGCAGGCCGCCGGUCACAUCUUCAAACGCCACGGCUUCGCCGCAGUCCCGCUGAGUGCUGCAGGUUUCCUGGCCGCUGCAGCAGCGAUCCUCUUUACCUGCAACUUCUUGCCACCCGAGAAUCCCCAAGAGGAGGAG